AUGACUCAUAAUUUUCGGCAGUUACGAACUGAUAAAAAUGUUCUUAACAAGAGGAAUAACUUGCAAAAAAUUAAAAGCUACGAGUCUGUUUCAUCAUUAAGUUCAGAUAGUGCCAAAGCAGCACAAAAUGUUGAUAAUGAGCCCUAUUAUGAUACGGUUCCUUUAGAUAAUGGAGAUGGUGAAUAUGUAUAUAUUAAACCAGGUGGCAAUGGCUCCUCUUCUAGUCGUGAUGAUCUAUCAACUCCUGGCAGUACAUUGCCUAUUGGUUCAGUAGCUCAUCUUAGCAGUCAAACAAGCGUUACAGAUCCAGAAUCACCUGGUCGUCAAUCAAAUUAUGUUAAUAUUGAUUACUUCCUAAAUCAAAACAACGAAACUCGAUCUAGUUCAUUAGAUAGUGAUGGAGAGUAUGAAGGUCCGCCAAUUAUACGCGCCAUUUCACACGAUGAGCAAACAUCACAAACUCCAAGCGUUUUAAGAAAGAACUUAGUUUCAGCGAUACUUGAGUCUGGUAAUGCACGAGGUGUAAAAAUACGAUCAAUUUUAAGUAGCAUCAUACAAAGUGAAAAAAUCUAUGUAGAAUGCUUGAACAAAAUGAUACAGUAUAAAAAGGCUAUACACGCCACACUUGGUACAUCCCAACCUGUGAUUAAGGAGGAAGAGGAGAAUACAAUAUUUUUUAAAAUCGAUGAGCUUUAUGAAGUACAUACAGCAUUUUUAAAUGAUUUAAAAACUAUAGUUUCACAUGAAGGCGGUGAUGUACUAAUUGGUGGUACAUUUGGACGUUUGGCAGAUAUGUUUAAUUUGUAUAGUGCGUUUUUGCAUAAUUACGGACAAGCUAUAGAAACAGUUAAAAAAUGCAGCGCUAACAAUCCGCAGUUCAAAAAGAUCGUUUCAACGAUCGUUUUGAAUCUGCAGACUGAACAGUCGCUUACAUUAGAGGAUUUACUGCAUAAACCUGUUGCACGGGUGCAGAUAAAUGCCUUGGUUUUCAAUGAUUUAUUGAAUGAAACACCAUCCAAUCAUCCAGAUCAUCAACCGUUGCGUCAAGCACAUAAAACAAUACGCAUGUUCCUCAAUCAAUUUAAUGUAGUCAACCAACGUUUGCCAACAGAAUCGAACAAAAAUUUAAGACGCAUGGUUAAGAAUUCAUUUAUUGUUGAACUUGUUGAUGGUCAUCGUAAGCUGAGGCAUUUAUUUCUUUUUAAUGAUGUCAUUGCUUGUGCAAAAUACAAAGCUUCCGGUCGCGAUCGUAUUGAUUAUGAAUUGAAAUGGUUUAUACCACUUAAAGAUGUAUUCGUGUUUGAAGAUUCAGACGCCAGUGGUGAUUUGAAAGAAUCUAGUCCUGCAAAUAUAUUGCAAUUAAAAACACAAGCAUGCACAGUGCGUGAUCAAUUGCUGCAAGAAGAGAAAGAUGCACGCAAAACAAAUGGGCUACGUUCAGGCGAUAAAUAUCGCAGGAAACUAGCCGAUUUGGAAUCGCAAUUGGUCUUAGCAUCACCAAAUCUUGUCUUCCGUAUCGGUAAUAAAGCAACAAAUAAGACUAUUACAUUUUUCUUAAGUUCAGACUUCGAGCGUACGCAAUGGAUUGAUUCAAUAUUAACUUUGAAGCAAACAUGUAAUAUACCUGGUGCCAAUACUAUAAAUGCUUUGGAGGUACACGCUUUUAUUGUAGCCAUGCAAAAGGGGAUGAAAACUGAAAUGGGUUCAUAUUUAAUGCGUAACACAAACGACGAAAGUCUGCUUGUGGGUGAUUUACAUAUGACAGUACAAGGUUUAACAGGCUUAGAACAACCCGCAGAUAUGUACAUUUGUAUUGAAGUUGAUUCUUAUGGACAUUAUUUCCGCAAAGCAACAACAAAAAUGGUAUGCCGCAGCUUAAGUCCCAUGUGGAAUGAGAGCUUUGUGUUAGAACUUGAAGGAAGCCAAAAUGUGCGCAUACUACUGUAUGAGGCACAAGAACGACCAAAACUGAGGGCCAAACAUGUGUUAAAACUUAGCCGUAGUUGGCUGCAAGAAACACCUGCUCCAAAAGUUAUUAAAAUGACGGAAUCAAUUACCUUAAAUACUACCUUGAGAUUUGUGCCUGGAGAAGUCACACUACGUCGCGUGCCAACAUCAAAACCAGGCGCACUGUUUGGUGCCAAAAUGGGCAUAGUACUGAAGCGCGAAAAACGAGACAUUCCAUUUAUAAUUAGUGCCUGCAUACGUGAAGUAGAGCGUCGUGGCAUGUCAGAAGUGGGUAUAUACCGUGUGAGCGGUUCAGCAUCAGAUUUAGCGAAAUUAAAAAAAUCGUUUGAAACAAACGCUUAUGAAGCUGAACAAUUGCUUAAAGAUGUUGAUAUACACUCUGUUACUGGAAUUUUAAAAUCUUAUUUACGUGAGCUGCCAGAAGCACUGUUCUCGGAUUUGUUAUAUCCGAAAUUUUUCGAAACUUUUAAUGCAUUUAGUAACCAUAAUGAAACUGCACGAAUAACUGAAUUACUUAAAGUAUUUGAGGAGUUGCCGCCAGCGAACAAAGCUUCAAUUAAUUAUAUACUUGAUCAUUUAAUUCGGGUACAUCACCAGGAAGCUGACAACAAGAUGUCGCUACAUAAUCUAGCAAUGGUAUUUGGUCCGACAUUGCUACGGCCUGGGCAAACUCAAACCAAGCAAAAGGAUCUUCUAGCAUCUAGUACAGUUGAUGUGAUGGCACAAGCCGGUAUACUCUAUAGCUUUUUGCAAGCUCGUAUCAAAAAAGAAUAAUUAGCAUAUUUAACAUAAACAAUUAAUUUUUUUUUUGCGUGUUAUUUACUAAAUAUAUAUAUAUGAUGUCUAUGUACAUCAUGUAUGUCUAUGGUUAAGCAAUAUGUGAAAUGACAUCGUAAAUUAGUUGCUUUUUGCAUGAUAUUGUAUAUAAAAUAAAGACAGAACUGGAAUAUGGAUUGGAUAUUAUUGGUCCUUAUGAAUUCUGCUGCUGUGUAUGACAUUGUCGGCUGAAUAAGAAUAAUAAAAAACUAUAUCUUGACUGUAAGCAAAUAAAAAAAUGUAAACGUUUUAUAAGCUUAAAAUUUAAAGCUUUAGCAUUUGCUCAAGGAUUGGGGAGAUUUGCGCAAAUAUUUUUUAAAAAUGUUAAAAAAAAGAAGCAACUAUUUUUGAAAUACUUAAAAUUGCACUCUCCAUUUUUCAUUAUAUCAUAAAGAAUAAAGAAUUAUUAUAAAAAAAAAAGUGCACAUAUAUCCAAAUGGCACAUAUAAAUAAACAAAAACUAUUGAUAAUGUUAUAUUCCUCUUGCUUUAUCUUAAACUAGAAUUUUGCUGCUUAAUUGACAACACAUCUUAGCAUUUGCAUUAUAUUUAUCGAAGUUCAUAUAAACAAAAAAAUUGAGUAUAAACUUCCAAUUAAGUAAAAACUUCAUUUUUUUUUAUUUGGUCUUAAAAUUUUAGAUUUAGUGUGUUUUAAACUUUUUUAAAUGUAUGUAUGAAGCAGCAUAGCUUAGAUGUUUCUUGUCGACUAGAUUAUUUAAUGGUUACUUAUAUAUAAACUAUAUAAAUUUCUACAAAAAAAAUACAAUUUUUAUGUAGGUUU